AUGAGAACUCCACAUGAAAUUCGAAACUAUUUUCGUAUUAAUACUUUAAAAACAAGGCUUAUUUGUAACAAAUGUGAAGCAAAUUAUCCUAUUGAUACUAAUUUAACAAAUCUUAAAAAUCAUUUUGAAAAAUGUCAUAACAAAGAAUAUCAUUUGGCUAUUGAAAGAGAAAAAAUAAAAAGAAGUAAUAGAUUUCAUGCAGUUACUUUUAUUAAUGAAGAAGAAAUAAGUAUUGAAAAUAAUAAUAAUUUUCAACAAAAACAAAUUGAAAACCAACAAGAUGAA